CCUCCGCUUCUCUCGCCGCCGCGCUGCUGGAGGCGCCGGACUAUAAAUAGCAGGCUCGGCAGCCGCCGAGCCGCGCGGGCACGCACCGGAGGGAAGUGCCGCGCCGGUCGCUCCGCCGGGCGGGCGCCCGCCAGGAGUGGUGUCCUCUGCAAGCAGGGACGAGUGGCAACUAGGAGCACUCCAGUUUAAUACUGUUACUGCUGGAUUCAACAAAGCCUGUUUGAGAGGGAAAGAGUAAGCUUUGUAGAAAAUACAGAUCCCGGGGAAGAGGGAGAAAGCAGAAGCAAUCAACAUUAAUUUCCUGAAGCCAGUGUCUCAACACAUUAAGCUCAGUUGACCUUCAUAUCUGCUGCUAGAUUUUGCUCAGCCUCAACAAACUAGCAUCAUCAUUGUCCUCCUCCAUCUCUUGCUCAUCUUCAUCCUCUCCCCUGGCAACCCCAUGAGAUUCAAUGCUAAAGAUCUGGCUUUGCUGGCCAGGCAACCAUCAGGUUGGUUUGACAAGGAAGGAAAACUGAAGAUUUGCAGAGUGGUCGGGGAUGAAAAAUUAAUAGAACCAAGAGAGAGAUGGUGCCGACUGAAAGGAAAUCUGCUUUUUCUAAUGAAAAAUAAGAGUUCUGAAGCCUCUGAAGUUUUAAUCCUGGAGCGCUGCUGGGUUGUGGAGUUCAGGAAUAAAACAGAUGUUUCAAUAGUUCUCAAGUUUCAGAGUGGAGAACCCGAUCUUUACCUUGAAGCUGCAUCAAAGCCAGAUUGCGAAUCUUGGGCUGUGGCACUGGGGGAGGCAAACUCAGAAGGUUUGCGGAACAAAAUACAGCAGCUCCGGAGGUUGAUCAUGGAAAUCAAAGAGGAGAGAUCAGCAGAUGAAGCAUCUCAGUUUCUCCCUUCAUCCCAACUAGACAGUCUAGGAGAGCCACAGUUUACGAGUAUUCGGAGAAUUGCUAAUGAGCCAAAGCUGGAGUUCAGUCUUGCAUGCAAGGAUCUAGCAGCUGCUACCCGUGAUCGGAAGCUGAAUACGUUUAUACAAGUCUCAGUGGUACAUCCAGCAGAGCACGUUUUGACGAGGUAUUCAAGCACUGAAAUCGUGGAGGGUACAAGAGAUCCACUGUUUUUGACUGGUGUGACAUUCCCACCGGAAUACCCCAUCUAUGAGGAGACUAAAAUAAAACUAACAGUCUAUGAUGUCAAAGAUAAAUCUCAAGACACGGUCCGCACCAAUGUCCUACCUGAUCACAAGGAGCCAAGAGCAGAUGUUGGACGAAGCUUCCUGGGCUGUACAACUUUCAGAGUAGGAGACUUGAUAAAGUCAAAGGAGCAACAGUUGACUCUUACUCUCAGGGCUUCUGAUGGUGGAAAGACCGUUGGCACCAUUGAAGUCAAUCUUGUGAAGAUGGGAGAGCUAGAGGAUGGGGAAACAGACCACAUCACAACAGAUGCCCAGGAUCAAAAGUUCCUCUGUUUUCUGCCCUUGAAGUCCUGUUCACGUGGAUUUUUAUGUGCAACCUGUGUCCACAAUACUGAAAACCUGGAAAGAAUGACAGACAGGCAAGCCAAAGAAGAGUGUGCAUUGGUUCGUGAGUGUACAGCCACUGAAAGCAUAAGUGGUAAAGACAACUUGCCUUCGUUAAAUGCAGUGUUAAAAAACCCUAUCUGUAAGUUAUACAGAUUCCCUACUUCUGACAACAAGUGGAUGCGGAUCCGGGAACAGAUGGCUGAGACCACCCUCUCUUUCCAUGUUCCUAAAGAACUGAUCAAUCUGCACAUAAAGGAGGAUAUGAGAAGGAAUCAAGAACUUAAAGACUUGGGAGAACUUGCUCCUCACUGGGACAAUAUGCGCAAAAGUGUUAUUGCUCACUGUGAUCAGAUGUUGAGCAUGUACCAGGAUACUCUUGCAGAGCUUGGGAAGCAUACAGGUUCUUCCUUCAAAUCAAGCUGUAGCAAAGGAGAAAAAACAUUAGAAUUCAUCCCAAUAAAUCUUCAUCUGCAAAGAAUGCAUGUGCAUAGUCCUCGAUUGAAAGAUGCUUUGUAUGAUGUCAUCACCGUGGGAGCCCCAGCAGCCCAUUUCCAAGGAUUUAAGAAUGGUGGUCUCCGAAAACUGCUGAGUAAAUUUGAGGCAGAAAGGCGAAAUACCGGAUACCAGUGUAUUUACUAUUCACCUGAAAACACAGCCAAGGCAAAAGAAGUUCUCAGCAACAUCAAUCAUCUACAACCUCUCAUAUCAAGCCAUGCAGACCUGCUGCUUAAUUCUGCAAGCCAGCAUUCUCCAGACAGCUUGAAGAAUUCUUUAAAGAUGCUUUCAGAAAAAACAGAGUUAUUUGUACAUGCAUUUAAGGAUCAGCUGGUCAGAAGUGCCCUUUUAGCACUGUACACAGCCCGGCCUGGCUGUGUCCUCAAGAAACCAGCUGCCCCUAGGAACAGUGCAGAAGAAGGGAGUGAUUUACAGCAUCAGGAUCAUCCAUCUCAGAUUAAAAGACAGGACUCUAUACCCCAUCAUUCUGAGUAUGAUGAGGAAGAGUGGGACAGGGUGUGGGCCAAUGUGGGGAAGAGUUUAAACUGCGUUAUUGCCAUGGUGGACAGACUGCUUGAAAAAGACAACGUCGGCAAUGUUAAAGAGGGUGAAAAUGACCCUUCAGCAGCAGAUUGCAAAGUGUUGCAUACAGGUGGUGACUGGUAUGAACAGCUUUAUCCCCUGGUGAUUACGCUGAAGGACUGCAUGGGAGAGGUGGUGACCAGGGCGAAGCAAUCGAUGGCGUUUGUUCUGCUGCAGGAACUUGCCUGUGGUUUGCCACAAUGUUUGAUGCUGACCCUAAGAAGAGACAUCGUCUUUAGUCAAGCACUCGCUGGAUUGGUCUGUGGGUUUAUAAUCAAACUGCACACAGGUUUACACGACCAAGGAUUUUUACAGCAGCUUCAUACCGUUGGAUUGCUUGUGCAAUAUGAAGGACUCCUCAGUACAUAUAGUGAAGAAGCGGGGAUGCUGGAAGACAUGGCUGUGGGAAUUUCAGAUUUGCAGAAAGUAAUGUUUAAAGUCAUUGAAGCCAAAUCAGAAGAUUUUUUGCCUCUUAUAACUGGAAGGCGUGAACAUUACGUUAUAGAGGUCCAGCUUCCAGCAAAGAUGUUUGAGUUGCUGCCACAAGAGAUUAAAGAAGGAAAGCUACUUCGCAUGUAUCCAGUACUCUUUAAUGUUGGAAUCAAUGAGCAGCAAACGCUUGCAGAGAGGUUUGGAGAUACCACUUUGCAGGAAAACAUUAAUCAGGAAAACUUAGAACUUCUGAAAGAAUAUUACAAGCUGUUUACAGAAAAAAUGCCUCCUGAUUGUCUGCCCCAUUUUCAAGAACAAAAUGAUUUAAAGGGGUUGCUAGAAAAUCUCCAUCAAAAUAUCCAGGCCAGAAAGAGAAAGAACGUAGAAAUCAUGUGGCUGGCUGCAACGAUUUGCCGUAAACUGAAUGGAGUCCGUUUCACCUGCUGCAAAAGUGCCAAAGACCGGACAUCCAUGUCCGUGACACUGGAGCAGUGCUCCAUCUUGAGGGACGAGCAUCAGCUUCACAAAGACUUCUUCAUUCGGGCGCUGGAUUGUAUGAGAAGAGAAGGAUGCCGCAUAGAGAAUGUACUGAAGAAUGUCAAAUGCAGAAAGUAUGCAUUCAACAUGAUACAGCUGAUGGCUUUCCCAAAGUACUACAGACCUCCAGAAGGGACAUAUGGAAAAGCUGACACCUAAGUUUAACAAAAAUGUAAUCAGGAACAUACAUCCCGCUAAUUAGUGAAUGUAAAAAUUGCUGUUUAUGACUUAUUAGUUGGGAAUGUGUAACCAGUUGAGGUGUUAUUUUUAUCAGGUUGUAUCAUUUUACAUUAAAAUAACUCCAGUUAGUCGUUACGAAAUAAAAUAUCAUGAAAAAGCAAUGGACUGAAUAUUCUCAGAACCCAAUAUAUUCAACUUCCUUUGCAAAGUCAAACCUUAGGAUGACUCACUAGCCAGCUGGAAUUAAUUUUUUGGGUCGUUUGAUCAAAGAUUAAAAAGGGAAAUGUCGUUUGCCUUAGGAACUGAGGUUAGCAUUCUGGAAGGUGGCAUUCUGACUCUGAACCAAAACCUGAGAUUUGAUUUAAGGAGUCUCAUCUGCUGGAAAUGGUCUUUUCUGGAACCAGCAUACCACCAAGGUCUUGGUCCCUAGUGAUUAAAUCCUUCACAGAAGUGUUUAUGAAAGAUACUAAUGUUAAUAUCUGGGCUAAACAUAAUUUUGGUAAUUAUGUUUAGCUUUUUUAAAUAAGCAUGGUAAUUUCAUAAUAUGUUUUUAGUAAUUACAGCCUGUAAUUUGAGUAAUUCCAUUCUGACUCCUUAUAGUUCAUUUGGAUGUACCAUUCUUGGCUUUCUGUACCACAGCCAAAUACCACUUCUUUCACUUUCGCAUAAAUCACAUUGAAAUCAGGGGGAUUAAUUCUUGAAGUAAGGUGACCUGAAUUUGACCUGUCAUGUUCCUGUUUACUGUAAACCCUUAAAACUAAAUUUUCUUUUGUGGUAGGGAAAAUGAGGUGUAUAUACAGGAGUUAAUGUAUCUUUAGGCUAUAAAAACAUGUAUGUUUUUACGGAGCCGAAGAUAAAUGUUAUAAUUAUGAGUAACCUGCUGUAUUAGAACUAGUUAGCCACUGCAGCUGAUUUAUAUCAAAUUUGUAAUGCUGCAUGUAGACACUCUAGGAUGAAGAACUAUCAGCUUUUAAAAUGAACGUUAAUGCCUCUGCCAGCAUGUGUUAGUCCUGAAAUUUGUCUUGCAAAGACCAUUUGUGUUUUCUAAUUGUGUCUAUUUAUUGCUUUCCUUCUGCCUCCCAGAGAGAAAUACAAUUAAAAAACCCCAAGUAUUCACUGGUUACUGACCUUUAUGUAAUGCAUUCAUUUUGAGGAAAAAGUGUCUAGAGUAGAAGUGUGAGAAUUUUAUCCUAAUGAAACUGCACUGGGAAUUUGAGCAUUUGAGUAGGAAAUUGUAAUUAGCAUGGAUAAAGAAGUUAAUGUUUGCUUACUCCUAUGGAAGUCAAAGAAAUCGUGAUGCACCGUGAGUUAUGAUUUGUUCUUUUUAAUCCAUUAAUGCUCAUUACUGGGUAGAAAUCUGUAACUAUACUAGUUCAGGUAUAUAUUUAAAAGCCUGAUUCUGCAAACUCCAGUUGGGCAAUUACAGGGAAAUGAUCUAUUGUGUAAAUAAGAUUAAACUUGUCUUGUAUAUUUGCAAGAUCAGGCUUUGGGGCUUGUAGGAGAACAUCAGGAGGGGAUCCUUGUUCCAAUAUUCAUUGACCUCAGCGAAGCCAGGAAUUCACCUAUACAAUAUAUUCACCUAGCCAAUUGGAAGUUUUUCCCGAAGUAGGUAAUUUAAGUAGUGUUUUGGUGCAUUUGCUUCUUUGUUCUUCUGCAAUGUAUUACUUCAACAAUAGAUGUCAGAAGAGUUGGCAUUGCAUCAUAGUUUAGCUCAGGCAGGUGAGAAUAUAAUGCCUUCAUUUUUUUCAGGUCGUGUGCGAGCAGAAGUGGGCAGUACAGAAGCGGGUGGAAGUGUGCAUAAAUUUGUGUUUGGGUCUUUAGCUAUAACAUAGGUGACCUGUACAACACUUUUUGGGGAAUUUAUGGAUCAUAAAUCUUCCUAGGAAAGUAACGCUUUGUUCUGUCAGACUGCUGCAUUAGCCCUCACUACCUGCCAUGUUUAUUAUUAGCUUAAAAAAACCUACAUGUACAGUUUAGGAAUAGUGAUAAAUUCUUUGUGCACCUCUGAAAUAAUCCCACAGAUGUACAAUAGAGAAAGGUGACCUUCCUACAGUAAUUCUGGAACAAUCUGUAGAAGUGUGUGUGAGGACAGUAUUCACUGGUGGGUACCAUAGGUUCCUGUAGUUCUUUAUCUUAGCCCCACAGGCAUUCUGUCAAUUGAAAAUAUGAAAUUCUAUAGAUUUCCUUUUCAUCAGGAAAAUAGUCUUUCAAGGUCUCACCUCAGCAUUUUAAUCCUACUUGGGUUCUAAAUUGCCAGUGUGACUAUCAUGUUACCUUUGUAUUUAAAAUGUUUUCCCCAUUGAAGCUACUUUUUUUUUUGGGGGGGGGGGGG